AAAAAAAUAAUUUGUUGGUAAAUUGUAUUCUAAAAGUGGUUUUCUUGUUGUCGCUCCGGUUUUAGAUUGAUUUGUUAAUUAAAAUUUAAAAAUUUCUGUGAACUAUACCCUGAAAAUAUUUUCAUAAAGAAUAGACGGAUGAAAUUUGUGUGCAUAAGCUAUAUGUAAUGAACAUUUUUAACGAUUGCCUGUAAAUUCAAUGCAAGUUUCGACUGAAUAAAUUCUGACACGCAAUACAAAUGCACCAACACCAUAAUCUAUGCGUUGUGGAGUGGGCAUAAAUGUAAUAAGGCAAAAAGUUACUGACGUGUCGUUGUGAUCGAUUUGAAAAAAUAACUAAUCAAAAUGACUGUGCGUCGUCGACAGGAAUCGAAUGGGAUGACAACAGAUGACAAUGAUAAGCGACAAUUACUGGUCGAAACACCUCCAUCGGACUGUCCAACAAAUGGAAACGAUGAAUUUCAUGAGAAAACAGAUAUACGCGGUGAUCGCGGCAAUAUUGCCAUACUUUUCUUCCUAUACGUAAUGCAAGGUAUACCAUUGGGUCUGAUUGCGGCCGUUCCCAUGCUGUUACAGAAUCGCGGAGCUAGUUAUAAACAGCAAGCUGAAUUUUCCUUCGCUUAUUGGCCUUUUAGUAUGAAACUUUUAUGGGCGCCCAUUGUUGAUUCCAUCUAUGUUCGACGAUUUGGAAGACGAAAAUCGUGGUUGGUUCCAUCGCAAUAUUUGAUUGGAAUUUUUAUGCUUUUCCUAUCCUGGCAAAUCGAACGUUGGUUAGGUGGUAAUGGGUCUGAACCCAAUGUACCAUUACUGACCAUGCUAUUUUUCUUACUCAACUUUUUGGCUGCUACCCAAGAUAUUGCCGUGGAUGGUUGGGCGCUUACUAUGUUGAAGCGAUGUAACGUCGGCUAUGCGUCUACUUGUAAUAGUGUAGGCCAAACCGCUGGUUACUUUCUUGGCUAUGUGGUGUUUAUAGCGCUGGAAUCAAAAGACUUUUGCAACAAUUAUCUACGCACAGAACAGUUGGAGACAGGUCUUGUCACAUUGCCUGAAUUUUUAUGGUUUUGGGGAAUUUGCUUCAUGGUAGUGACAACUUUGGUGGCGAUCUUUAAGAAAGAGAAUGAUAUACAGGAUGCGCAUACAGCGGCACGUUACACCGAUGAACACGAGUUGAACUUACGCGAGAGCUACAAAAUCCUGUUCGAUAUGGUGCGCAUGCGCCCCAUACAAAUUCUAGCCGCUAUAUUGUUAACGGUGAAAGUUACUUUUGCUGCUUGCGACGCAGUCACAUCACUGAAACUAAUCGAUGCUGGUGUGCCUAAAGAGAAGCUGGCACUGUUGGUUGUGCCCAUAAUCCCCUUGCAGAUAGUGUUGCCACUAAUCGUAAGCCGUUAUACCCACGGACCGCGUCCCAUGGAAGUAUACGUGAAAGCCAUUCCGUAUCGAAUUGUUUUUAGCACAAUAGCCGCCGUCAUCACUUAUUGUACACCCUAUAUGAUUGCGGAUGGUCAUGUUCCCAUAUAUUACUAUGUGCUCUUAAUUGUUAAUUAUGCAUUGUACCAGGUGUUCCUCUACUGCAUGUUCGUAGCUGUAAUGGCAUUUUUUGCGAAAAUUUCCGAUCCUGCGGUGGGCGGUACAUACAUGACAUUCCUGAACACACUCUCGAAUCUAGGAGGGAACUGGCCAAACACCGUAGUUUUGUGGUUGGUAGAUGUACUGACAUGGAAAGAGUGCACGCAUGUAGACCCAGAAGUGGCCGCACAAAAUAGUUGUAUAACGAAGACACAAAAAUCGGAAUGCGAGGCCGCUGGUGGUGAAUGUCAAAUUGUCUUCGAUGGCUACUACAUUGAAUCGAUUAUAUGUAUAAUAUAUGGAAUUGUGUGGUUGUUAUGUGUACGACGCUGGAUUAACUAUUUGCAAAGCUUGCCCACACGUAGUUGGUUGGUCGUUAAGAAGGGCAAAGGUGGUGGUAGCAGUGCCAAGAAGGCAAGAUAGCAAUUCAUUGUAUGACAUGAGGAGGAUGAUGAUGGUCAAACCCACCUGUUGGAUGACCUUGGGGUUGAUUCAGGGGAAGAGUUGGACGUGACUAUUAAAUCUGUGCGAAAUAUACAUGCUUCGCCGAUUUAAAACACAAUUUGUUAUUCCCUUUAGAUUUGAUUUAGUAUAGCAUUAACAUAAUACAAUUUUGUUUGAAAAUCCUAAU